AGACCAAUGACCCCAACAAUACCCUUUUCAGUGUUUAUCUUCUCUAACAGUGUCUAAGGUAAGCGAAUCGAUUUGUCUUUUAUAGCUGCAUUAAACACCUAUACGACCUGGAAGCGAGUGUUCCUCGCGGAGAAAAGUGCAAGCGAAUCUCCGUAUGGCAGGGGGAUGCUUAACAUACAAAGACACCCUUUGAUGCCCUGUGGUACUUGCUUGAACAUGGUAUUAACCCUGGCGUAGGAGCAGCCUGCAUGCAUCCCUGGAAACCAAUUCUGAGAAAGGAGCUCCGAUGUACGGGGUCGUGGCCUCUAAUUGGGCAUCAGCCGGAAGAUGCGUCAAGUGGGAACAACCAAUUUGUCGUCUUCGCUCGUUUUCAACGCACCCGCGCGAAGGUGCUUACCGCGCGAUACAAAAUGCCUACUCUUUAUCAAAUUUAUUUCGAUGGAAUGGGCUAUGAGUUCAAAUCAGUGUCUCUGUCUCCAUCUCCAUCUCUCCCCCUCUCUCUUUCUCUGCCCGACAUUCUCACGAGGCUAGCUGGCGGAUGACAGUCCAUAAAAGCAGCCGUGAAAGAUCGGGAUUCUUAAAAGCGUCGCUUGAGCUGUGAGUCAUACGUUCACGACCAUCUCCACCUCUCAAAGUCUACAAAAACAUCACCGAUAUUAAGCCUCCUGCUGCGCUGAUGUUUACCAAUAGAGAGCUACGAUAGACGCAUUUUUAGACGAAAAGGGAUUAAAAAGGUCAUGAUUCAUACAGUGUCCUUCUCUGUCUCUCUCCUCUGACUCCAGGCUGACCUACAUGUAUAGACAUACCUGAGGAAGUUUCGUCAGUUGUUGGCCUUUCCAAACAGCGCCAUUGAUAGAUACAGUCGGACGUCCGCCUACCAAACUUUUUUUCCGGGGGUGUCAUCCAAUGUCUGUGGUAUUUGAGAAUAAGUGAGCAAUGUUCUAGGCUCGGAAACACUCAUUGCUAAAAUUAAAUACCGUCUGUGACAGGUAAACAUUGGUUAGAAGCGUGUUGCGUAUAUAGUUGCAAUUUCGUUAUCAAACGGAAGAAAAACAAAGCUUGAAUGGAUAGUUAGCCUUGGCUCUAUUAAUUUUGUUCUUGUGUGGCUUGCACUAAUUGUCCUGUUUUCUUCCUAUGAUAAGGGUUUCCUGACCAGAAAGGUUGCCUGAUACAAAAGCAAGGGACUACCAUCACAUCGCUCAUUCAUUGAUUUGAGUGCCUUGCAUGACGACCACGCUCAAUCGUCUGCUGGAUCAAUACAGUGCUUCGGUGGUUACUACUGUGGAAACGAAAUCAUUUGUUUCUCCUUAAAUCGGAUCGUGGGCAAUCUAUUCCUGAAUUAGGAUUAUGUGAUUAUUUCUGGUUUCCGAAUCUCGAUCUACAGGAGGUCUCCUCAACCCAGUGAUUGUUAUCGUCAUACUAUUUCCGAUUUGAAAUAUAUAUUGAUUAAUCUACCAGGUACUAUUUCAAACUGUUAUACUAUUUCAUGCUAUAUCAGAUACUGUUAUAUCGCUUGGACGGCGGAAAGUGAUUUGGGUUAUAUCUGAUCGCUUCCGAACCCUCAUCUCUAUGGUCAUCUUCGGCGGAAAGAACCUGUAGCUCCAUCGACACGCGUCCGAUAGACAACGGUGAUAGAAAUUACAUCUGCAUCGAUCGAUUAACCUUGGAAAUUGCUUUCAAACUGUGAAUCUGGGGUUGUGAAAUAUUGGAGAGAAAAACCCCACUGUGAAAAAAGACACGUGGAUUUCCAUUGAAUGCAAGCAAGUACACGCUGUAAAUGUGAGGCAAUAUCAACAGUAUAUAAGCGAGCGUUAAAUUUGAAGUAAAAUUUAUACAUUCGUUUACUACUCUGAAGAACCAGUUACUACAGAAACAUAAUUUAUAUACACGGUGUCGUUGUGAUCGAUUUUCAAUUGCUUCCAUUAAACAGUGCCUUUAAAUUUACCGAGUAAGUGGAAUUUAAUUUAGCAAGCAUGGGCAACGAAGCGCAUUGCCGGCACCACACUAGCGGAACGGUGCAUUUUCUCAUGACUGUCACCCUUCUCAUCACACUCUCUCGUGCUACGCUAACAUCCACUUUGGCAAGCUGCAACGCCGAUCCAUCUCUCAGUCUCGCGGAUAGGACGAAAAGCGCCGAAAUAGUGUUGGCAGGAACAUUAUUAAAGCUUGACGGUGAUAGUACCUUUUUGUUCAAAGUAUUCCAAGUUAUUAAAGGGGACGGAGAGCUCUACAAGAAGAAAAUAAAAAUAAGAGUUUCUGACGCCACCGCGUCGCCAUCAUCACUUGAUGCGAGUGAAAUGGCGCCACCGAUACCACCGUCUACCAGGGCGUAUCCCGUUGCUAUGACGAUACCAACGCCUCUGUCCCCGCGUUGCCUGGGUGGAGCUGUCUUGGGUGAGAGGUAUAUUGUGUUCGUGCAGAGGUUAGGGUCUAGCCGGAGGAUGUUCGAGCUCCUGUCCGAUGGAGUCCCUCAGUCGAAGAAAGCAAUCAAGAGGAUCAAAGUCGCAAUCGAAGAAGAAGUCACAACCAGGAUGACCACGCCCAUUCGUGUCUCGUCCACCGUAUCGACCCAGGCGAUGGAAGAAGAUGAAUUCACAACGAGUGACAAUCACCAGUCUACUAACCCAGAAGACUCACGAGACGAUGCCGGCAGGACGAAUACCGAUUACAUUCCGAAAACUUCCGAAUCACACUUCGAGCCAUGUCCGACCGGAUACGAAUCUUACUGCUUCAAUAAGGGAAUGUGCCAGUGGGUUUCGGGUAUCAGCCAACCGUCAUGCGAGUGUGUUAACGGUUACAGAGGGGAACGAUGUCAAUAUAGAGUUCUUGAAACAGAUAGUAAAGAACGACUUUUUGGAGAUUAUUGGGAAGUUUUCAUCAUUGGAACAAUAUUUGGAAUAGUGAUUCUCUUAACUCUGAUCGGGGCAAUUGUAUACGUGGUACGGAAAAGAAAAGAGUCGCAGACGAGGAGGCAGACACAGGAGGAGGCGGCGGAUGCUUUCAUCCAAACUAACUUCCAACCUAGUGAUGACGUAGAACAACAACAACAACAACAACAACCUGAUGACAAUCAAAACAAAGCAGCAGACAGAUACAUUAGGUUACCUACCAACGAGCGGUAUCCGAUCGUAGAGACGGCGGUCGACAGUGAGACCCUUCCUAUAACAAACUUCGGCAACUCGCAUCCCAGCUCGGGUUCGUUCAGACUCCAGGACCCUCCCUUCAGGAAAGGCUCCAACCAUUCAACCGUUUCAACAUCAAAAGAAAGCACGGUAUGAUAGAUCGAAACGCGGAGAACAAGCCGGGAAUAAUUCCUUUCAUAUUCACCAUCUUCUGUCUCUCACACUUUAUAUCUCUUUCAUUAAUUUUACACAAGAGCCGAACGGCUCUGAGUUGCCUAUUUUGCAGAAGGUGAAAGUGACUGAAAAUGCAAAAAAGUUUGAACUGUUAUUGCACUUUGAAAGGUUUGGUAUUUUUAUGGUACCAGUUUGGAGCGUAAUAUCACCGUUAUUAUGGGAUCAGGCACAUAAUAUUUUAUAAAGAUAUCUUUUUUUCUUUCCUUUUUUUCUUUUUUUAAAGAAACAAAAGUGAUUUGUUUAUUUGAAGAAAAAAAAUACAACUUCUACCCAUUUUUAGACAUCAUAUGAAUUAUGUAUGUUUGAUAGAAGCAACGGAAAACUUUCUGUUGAAGUGAGAGGAGAAGAAUUUAUUAAUACCGCCAAAUCAAAGCCAACGUAUGGCCUUUGACAUGUUGUAAAGAAAUGCUGUGUAUACUUAAUUUAUUGUCUAUUACAUCAACUGUACUUGUAUAUUGUGUAUUUUAUCCGUAAAACGUUUGUACAAUGGCUAUAUUUUGUAUUUUUGAAAUAAAUAUAUAGCGGUGUAUAAAAAUUUGUUUUUUUACAAGUGAGGCGAUUUUAAAGGAAAUCUAUCAUAAAAGUCAGCAUCAUUAUUAUUUCAUCGAUUAGAUUGAUAAUCCUGUCUAUAGUUUUGAAUUUUCGAGGUAUAGUAGAAAAUAUAUAUCUUUAGUAAUUUAUAUAUACAUUAUUGCCUAAUAUAUUCCAGUUCUCACUUCCAUGUUUAUUGCAUUAUUUGGUGGUAAUCUUGAGAACUUUUCCUUUAAAAAGAGGCGUUUUACAUCUGAAUAUAUAUAUAUACAUGUACGUGUUUUCGACGCAUUUUCAGCGUAAUCAUAACUGUAACCCUGUGAAGUUUCAUAAUGAAAUAUAAGGUAUGCAUUUUUAGAUGCAAGAUAAUAUUCACGUUUUUACCCAGAAAAGGAGUUAUCUGACUACAUUUUUAAAAUUUGAAAUCGAAUAGUGUUUUUUGUGUUCGUUUUGUGUGAUACAUGUAUAACCAACAAUUCAUCUACAUUUGUGAUUAUAACAAGAAUUUUGAAAGCUUUUCGUGUUUUGUAAUGGAAACAGUACUAAAAUACAUUUUGUGUAAUGAUAUCUGAUUGUCCAUGCCUAUUAACGUGUUGAGGUGCGUAGUUUAAAAGCAAUUUUCUCGAUAUCUUGAGAAUAUUUCUUUUUCCCCUGUCAUGACGAAUCACUAUAAGUCUAUUGAAGAUUCGAAUUCAUAAUGAGACCUGAAAAGACAGUCUAAACAAUAAACUUAUUCAUUAUCAUUCCAAAAUAUGUCACUAAAGAAUGGAUGUACAAUUAUGUUCAUGAAUUGAAUCAGGCAUAUCUGAAAGUAUGCAGUCCUGUUAAAAUCUUCGUGAAAAGAGGGUCCUGUCUUAUAAAAAUUUGCGAUUGAUCCACAUUGGUCGCAAGUCCUCCAAUCAAUCGCAAACUUCCCAACUAUUAUCUCUGUGGUACAGACUUGCGACUGAUUGUAAGCUGUGAUCAAUUUGAAUCAAUCGCAAUAAUUUCUAAGACUGGGAACAUAUUAAUUAAUUAUUAUGCCAUUGGUGUGUAUGCAGUUUACAGGCUGAACUUAACCGAAUUGAAAUCUAUGAGGGAUAUCUUUAUAUAUAUAGUAAGUUAUAUAUUGUGCUCGUAGCGUAUGUAUUCGUAAAAAAAAUAUGAUAUUUUGUUUUUGCAAAGCAAAGUAUGAUUUGACUUGAUAAAACGAUGACUGUACCCUAAUAUGAAACGACUUUUUAUAGAAUUUCAUCGAAAUCAGUUAUAAAUAAAUUAUUUUGUUGCUGCAAUUGUUACAAUGCAA